AUGGCCGACGCAGUAGAAGAGAUUGAAAGAGAAGGCGGCAGUCGCGCCGUCAAGGAUCUAUUUGCGGGCGCUGUUGGUGGUGUUGCACAAGUGUUGAUUGCUGCUUUCUACAAGGGCACAUUAACACCACUUAUCGGUAUCGGUGCAUGUCGCCAAAACGCAGCAAAGACUGGCGGUCUCCUCGAAACACCUCAGCCGCUCUCAUAUGGCCAAUACUAUGCAGCCGGUGCCUUUGCCGGUAUUGCCAACACAUUAAUGUCCUCUCCCAUCGAACACAUCCGUAUCCGUCUGCAAACACAACCCCACGGCGCAGCACGCCUCUACAACGGCCCCAUCGACUGCGUAAAGAAACUCUGCGCCCACGAAGGCGUGCUCAAGGGUCUCUACCGCGGCACAGGCGUGACCUGGUUCCGUGAAGCCCAGGCUUACGGUGUUUGGUUUACCGCUUUCGAAUUCAUGAUGAACCAAGAUGCCAAGCGUAACGGUAUCGAGCGCAAGGAAAUCCCCACCUGGAAGAUUGCGCUGUAUGGCGGUCUGGCUGGUGAGGCCCUCUGGCUCGGAAGUUACCCCUUCGAUGUCAUCAAGUCGAAGAUGCAGAGUGACGGUUUCGGAGCUCAGCAAAAGUAUAAGAGCAUGCGUGAUACCUUCGCGCAGACAUGGAGAGGUGAAGGCAUGAGAGGUUUCUGGAGAGGAUUGGGUCCUACUUUGCUGAGAGCCAUGCCUGUAUCCGCUGGUACCUUUGCUACUGUCGAGUUGACCAUGCGCUUGAUCAGCUAG